AUGUUUCGAGAGUCAAUUUUCAGUUCAUUUCAUAUUGUUUCAUUUCUAAUAGACAGAACACUAGAUGCAGAAGAAAAGAUUUUGUUGGCACAGUCAGCCAAAGAAAGAGCUGAAAUUGUGGACAAGUAUGACAGAGGUGGAAAGGGAGUUGACAUUGAUCCAUGGGAAGACCCUACAUAUGAAGUUUACCACGUGACAGACAGAUAUGGCUUUAUCCAUGACAAGAGAUUGCCCGAGGUUAUGAGUACUGUGGAGAUGAAGGUAGCGAAGCAAACUGAGAUAGAGCGAAAACAGAAAUGGGUUAAAAUGUGCUCUAAGUGGGACCAAUCCUACGGAUCUGACAAAUUCUUCAAAAGACUUUACAAGGGCCUACCAGAGGCUAUCCGAGGUUUGGUAUGGAGCAAGAUUUUAAAGUUGAAUGACGUUAAGAAGGAGAACGAGGGCGUCUACGAGGACAUGAAGCAGAAGGCACGUCGCUGGUGUCCAGAUAUUCGUCAGAUCGACCUGGAUGUCAACAGGACCUACAGGAACCACAUCAUGUUCAGGAAGAGAUAUGAUGUCAAACAACAGUCACUGUUCCACGUACUGGCCGCAUACUCCAUGUACAACACGGAGGUUGGCUACUGCCAGGGCAUGAGUCAGAUUGCUGCCAUCAUGCUCAUGUACAUGAAUGAAGAGGAUGCGUUCUGGGCAAUGUCACAACUGCUGACGAACGAUCGACACGCUAUGCACGGUUUUUUCAUACCUGGCUUUCCAAAACUCAUUCGCUUUCAGGAUCACCAUGACAAAAUUCUCAAAAAGUUUCUUCCCAGAGUUAAAAAGCAUUUGACGAGGAACGACAUGUACACACCUCUGUACACCAUCAAGUGGUACAUGCAGUGCUUCCUGGAUCGAGUUCCUUUUCCAUUAGCUAUGAGGUUGUGGGACAUAUACAUAUAUGAGGGAGAAAGAUUGUUAGUAGCUAUGUCGUACAACAUCAUCAAGAUGCACAAAAAGCGUAUAAUGCAGUUGGACAUGGACCACUUGAUGUCCUUCUUUCAGGUUGGUUUGGUCACUGACUUUGGCUACCAUGGUGAUAAAGUUAUAGAAUCGCUGAUCGAAUGUGCAGAAGAUCUAAGGAAAGCCAAGAUGGACCUUCCCCCUCCUUCAACUGACAUUUCUCUCGAGAAGCCUACCAAACCUUUCGGAGUUUUCGAAAUACCUGACUUGGAUCAAGUCAUUAUAAAGUAA